GGAAGGACCGGAACUCCGGGCGGGCGGCUUGUUGAUAAUAUGGCGGCGGGCGCUGCCUGGGCAUCUAGAGGAGGCGGUGGGACCCACACCCGGAAGAGGGGUCUCUUUUCGGGCUAGUGCGGCGGCCCCUGCGGACCCGGAAGUCCGGGCCAGUUGCUGAAUGAGGGGAGCCGGGCCCUCCCCGCGACAGUCCCCCCGCACUCUCCGCCCCGACCCGGGCCCCGCCAUGUCCUUCUUCCGGCGGAAAGUGAAAAGCAAAGAACAAGAGAAGACCUCAGAUGGCAAGUCCAUUAGAGCUUCAGUAUCUGUACAUUCCCCACAAAAGAGCACUAAAAAUCAUGCCUUGCUGGAGGCUGCAGGACCAAGUCAUGUUGCAAUCAACGCCAUUUCUGCCAACAUGGACUCCUUUUCAAGUAGCAGGACAGCAACACUUAAGAAGCAGCCAAGCCACAUGGAGGCCGCUCAUUUUGGUGACCUGGGCAGAUCUUGUCUGGACUACCAGACUCAAGAGACCAAAUCAAGUCUUUCAAAGACCCUUGAACAAGUCUUGCAUGAUACUGUUGUCCUUCCUUAUUUCAUUCAAUUCAUGGAACUUCGGAGAAUGGAGCAUUUGGUUAAAUUUUGGCUAGAGGCCGAAAGUUUUCACUCUACAACGUGGUCCCGAAUAAGAGCACACACUCUGAACACAGUGAAGCAGAGCUCACUGGCUGAGCCUGUCUCUCCAUCUAAAAAGCAUGAAACUACAGCAUCUUUUGUACCUGAGUCUCUUGAUAAGAGAUUGGAGGAUUCUAUCUCAGCCCGGUUGCUUAUGACUCAAUCAGAAGGCAUUGACCUGAAUAAUAGAACUAACAGCACUCAGAAUCACUUGCUGCUUUCCCGGGAAUGUGGUAAUGCCCACUCUCUCCAUCUGCAAAUGGCCAGAGCAGGAACUCAUCAAGUUUCCACAGAAACCCAAGAAUCCUCCCCCAGAUUUAUUGUAGCCAGUAGAAAUAAUCCCUCUUCUCCACUGAAGGACUUAUCAGGAAAACUAAUGAAAAGUAUAGAACAAGAUGCAGUGAAUACUUUUACCAAAUAUAUAUCACCAGAUGCUGCUAAACCAAUACCAAUUACAGAAGCAAUGAGAAAUGACAUCAUAGCAAAGAUUUGUGGAGAAGAUGGACAGGUAGAUCCCAACUGUUUUGUUUUGGCACAGUCCAUAGUCUUUAGUGCAAUGGAACAAGAGCACUUUAGUGAGUUUCUGCGAAGUCACCAUUUCUGUAAAUACCAGAUUGAAGUGCUGACCAGUGGAACUGUUUACCUGGCUGACAUUCUCUUCUGUGAGUCAGCCCUCUUUUAUUUCUCUGAGUACAUGGAAAAGGAGGAUGCAGUGAAUAUCUUACAAUUCUGGUUGGCAGCAGAUAACUUCCAAUCUCAGCUCGCUGCCAAAAAGGGCCAGUAUGAUGGGCAGGAGGCCCAGAGUGACGCCAUGAUUCUCUAUGACAAGUACUUCUCCCUCCAAGCCACACAUCCUCUUGGAUUUGAUGAUGUUGUACGAUUAGAAAUUGAAUCCAAUAUCUGCAGGGAAGGGGGACCACUCCCUAACUGUUUCACAACACCAUUACGUCAGGCCUGGACCACCAUGGAGAAGGUCUUCUUGCCAGGCUUUCUGUCCAGCAAUCUUUACUAUAAAUAUUUGAAUGAUCUCAUCCAUUCGGUCCGAGGAGAUGAAUUUUUAGGAGGGAAUAUUUCACUGGCUGCUCAUGGCUCUGUUGGCCCUCCUGAUGAGGCUAAUGCAGGAGGUUCUGAUAGCUCCACUUCUCAGUCCAGUGUAAAAAAAGCCAGUAUUAAAAUACUGAAAAAUUUUGAUGAAGUGAUAAUUGUGGAUGCUGCAAGUCUGGAUCCAGAAUCUCUAUACCAACGGACAUACGCAGGGAAGAUGACAUUUGGAAGAGUUAGUGACUUGGGACAAUUCAUCCGGGAAUCUGAACCUGAACCUGAUGUAAAGAAAUCAAAAGGAUCUAUGUUCUCACAAGCUAUGAAGAAAUGGGUGCAAGGAAGUACUGAUGAGGCCCAAGAAGAGCUAGCUUGGAAGAUUGCUAAAAUGAUAGUCAGUGAUGUUAUGCAGCAGGCACAGUGUGACCAACCCAUAGAGAGAUCUACAAAGCUAUGACUCAAGACAUGAGAUAAAGGAGAUCUGCUUUUGAAACAUGAGAGAACUUUUCCCCUUGGUUGGAUUCUUCAACACAGCCAGUGAAAACAGAGCACUGUAUUCGUUUCACUAAUAUAUCACUGUUGUUUCCAAGAAAAAAAUGGGAGACAAUCCUAGACUUCCACCAUAAUGCAGAGUUAUGUGUAGACGUAAUUGUUGCACAUGAUGUUCACACAGUGACAAUUACAAAGAUACAAAGUGGUAUUGUUUACGUUGCUAGAAAAUUAUUAGUUUUCUACUGGCAAUAACCUAUUUCUGAGAGUUUUAGCCCACUGGAAUAGACAGGGACCACAUCCUAUGGGAGGCAGAAUAGCAUAGAGCUGACAUUGGGUGCCAUUCUUGUAGUAGUGAUUCAUUCCCAGCAGCAUCAUGAAGCAGGUGCCAGAGGUGCUUUGCUUUCUCCUCCUAAAACAAACAGAUGAGUCAGCCCCACCAAGAGCCAGGCAGCUCCAAAUGGCAGUGUGGUGCUAGCAGCUUGUUUUUCUUCAGUAGGACAAGGUGAUGGUUCAUUGUGCAAUCUUCCUUCACAGAGGCAUUAGUUUUGGAAGGAAUUUGACAGGUCAUGGGUCAGGUCCCCUUGACAUUGUCCUUCCUGAGAUGCAGUAUAUUUAAAACCAAUCUGCUAACAGAAGGGUGAAUCUAGUUUACUUUGAGCAUUAGGAUUUGCUCCUAUGGAACUCUAUGCUCCAGUUACUUAAUAAUAAUAGUGAUCACUCCAGUUUUUCCCUUGAACAAAAUGGUUCUUCCAAGAUUGUGCCAUUUUUUAUUUUUUUAAAGGGCAGGGUGGGUCAGGGAGAGAAGUAAUCAACUUUAUUUUAUUUGAUCCUUCCCUCCCCCCACCGUUCAUUGCAGUGACCUGGGACGUGUGCGGUUGGUGACCUUUUUUAUUCUGUUUUUAGGGCAGUUAAGAGACUCACUGCACUUCUGCUGCAUCAGGACCACAUGGCCAUCAGCAGGGCCACCAGUUGGCAAGCACACUCCACUGGCCACGUGGUGCUAACGCUUCGUCCACACACGUAGCUAUUGGAGAGGAAAGGAAUUUCUCUUAGGUGUUAGUGCUUUUGCUCAGACUUUGCAAAAAAAAAAAAAAAAUAUAUAUAUAUAUAUAUAUACACACACACAUAUAUAUACACAUAUAAAUGUAUAAUUAUUAAUCACCUUUGUCCUUGAGAAAGUCUUGAAUGAAUAGAAAGUUUAUUCCAUUGCAAUAUUUGAUUGUAUAGAGGCAUACUGUUUCAUCAACAGAAGAAGCAAAAAGGCUGUAUAUAAGUUUUUGGUACUAUGUACCACCUCUGUUAUUCUUCUAAAGCUGAAGUAUUCAUGUACUUAAACCAUAUUCUAUUUAAUUGUGUUUGAUUUAAAAAUAUAUAUAUAUAUAAAUUAUAUUUAAAAUUGUGUCAACUUUUCUGCUUUCAGGGCAUUUAUGGCUCUUCUAUUGAAAUAUGUUGAUCCUUCCAAAUGUUUUUCCAUUUGCUUUACAAAAACUCAGAACAUGAGCCACUACUGGACUUAGAUUUGUGUUUGGGGUAUAUGUCAUAGACCCGAGGUUUUUGUUUCAUAUAUGCUGUGAUUCAUUUUGUUUUUUUUUUAACAAAAUAUUCCCAUUCAUUUCAUAUUGCUUCAAUCUUCAACAGAAAAGCAAUAUAAAGGUUAUAGAAUAAAAUGUUUGAGGUGACUUGCUGCUUCUGCAUGUUUUGGAAUAACAAUUUCUAUAAGAUUCUAGCUAUUUAAACUAAUGCUUUCAGUUAGAUAAUUUCCAGUCAGUUCUUUGUAUACAUGUUGUGCUUCUGAGCCAGAGGUGCCAGUAGUUGUAAAUUUCUUAUAAAGAAAAGAAAAGCAAGUUGGAGACUGGCUACUUUUUUCUGCCUCACCUGCUAUGAGACACAGAAGCAGGGUGUGGCCUGAGAUUAUUAGCCGGAUUUAAUAUUUGAUCUAAAGUAGAUCCUUGUACUUACUCUAAAUUUGGAAUUAGAUUUGUCUAACAUUGAGCCACAAAAUAUUCCCUAGCAGGGUUUUUAUAGGUUGAAGGAAUAAGCUGAACACCUUUUAUCUUUAUCAUGUUGUUGGUAUCAACACAAAUUGUUUAAAAAGAAAAGGUGUUAGUGAGAAAGUGAUUCCUCUUGUAACUUGAUGUCUUUAUCUUUCCUGUAAGGUUUGAUGAAAGUAAAAAGCAGAUGUCAACCAAAUCCAGUGAAGAGCAAUAAAAUAGCAACUUUCUGUAACUCUUCUUACUUGGGUUUCAAUAUUCAGUAAGCGUUAUUGAAAACUUUAAGUAGUUUACAGUAUGGGAGCAUUGACUAGUCAUAAGAAUUGAGAAGGGAAGGUCAUUCUGAACUGUAGAAAUUACAAAGUCCUAACAGCUGAUAAGCACCUGAUGAAAUGGCUGAUCUUUUUCCAGUGACACUAGGAACCUGUCUGACUCACAGUGACCACGCUUUCCUCCCCAGACUCCUUCAGGAGUGAAGGUCAUGUCUUCACAAUGACCUUUUGUCUCUCUCCCCUCCCCCAUACACUAGUUGAUUGGAGCAGGGUUGAAGUCCUGAUCCAGAUACCCUGUUUCCCCGAAAAUAAGACAGUGUCUUAUUUUAAGUUGUGCUCCCAAAGAUGCACUAGGUCUUAUUUUCAGGUGUAAGUAGGUCUUACUUUCGGGGGAUGUCUUAUUUUCGGGGAAGCAGGGUAGACCUAAGAUACUGCAUAAUGUUGGCCAACAUUAGAACUCAGGCCUUCUGAGCCAGGACCUUUAUGCACUAACAUUCUUCCAAAGGAUAAAUAUAACUACUUUUAGCAAUUAUGAUAAACCAGAAAUAGAAGGGGAAUAACUAAUAUAAGCUUAUAAGGGGUAGGAGGGAUAAUUUUUACAGCUUAUGUAAAUACUAACCAUUUCUAUGUGGUAGGUAAGGUCUCGGGACUUUGGUUGGAGCCAUCAAAUGGAGAGUAAACCCCAUUUAAACCCUGUAAGGGUACACCUCUGGUGGCCCACACUCACAGUUACCCUCUGAGAGGCCCUUUACCGAUGAGCGCUGGGCACUGAGGAACCCCCUGUGCUUGGGUGGGAUGUCACAGAGUAGCGGGGUGGUGGUCUGGAUUCUGGGCAGGCAGAGGUGGCUGUGAGGGCACUGGGGCAACAGUGUGAGCAAAGGCCCCAAGGCCAUUCAUGUUCGGGGGUUCUGCCCAUCUGCUUGCAUGGCUCACAGAAGAACACUUUAGUAAUUUUAUGCAAACAGGUGUUUCUUCAGUCUGUUCCUUUCAAACGACCUUCUCUGGCACAUUCAGUGUGUCACAGAAUUCACUUGGACACAUUAAACCCCUGCCUGAGGGUGGUAGUGCUUCUGUCCCCACCCUGGCACCACUGGGCACCUGUAGGACCGAGUCCUGUCUGUCCCUGGGCACAGAGGAGUUUUAAGUUCAGUUUGAAGGGAGCUGGGCUUUGCCAAGGAACAAAUGAGAGAUGAGGAUUGUGACAACUGUGGCAUUGCCACCUGUUUCAGACAUCUGAGUCUCCUGACUUGGGACUCAUGCAGACAGGGAAGUGAGCUGGCCUCUUCACAAACCAUACAGCUUGAGAGAGAAGUGCCUGGCCAGGACAUGGGCCUUCAGACUAAGCAUGGCUCUGAGUAGCAGCCACUGCCUGCACUUGUCACGUCCCGGCUCCACCCAAACCUGACUUAUCUUCAUUUUGACCAAGAACAGUAUUUGUUCCUUCUUAUUACAGAACUUUCGGUUUAGUAAAUGUUCACCUUGUAUGUGCCAGUCACAGAAAAGAAUAGAACAAAUUUCUACGUCCCUUGGAGGUUGGAAUAGCAUCUAAAGUGGGUGCUGGCAUUUUUGACUUAAAAUAGGCUUUAAAAGCCUGCGAAUGACCUUCCCCCCCACCCCUGUCCUUGUAGAGUCACAGGCUCUCCUGUACCUGAGAGGGGAAGCCUGGAGGGGGAGGGUUGGCAGCUGAAAGGGGAAGCAUGGAGGGGGAGGGCCGCCCUUCCCUUCCUGGUGGCUGUGUCUUUUCAUUGACCUACUCCCAGACCGGGAGCUGGGCUCUUAGGUGAUGAGCGCCUGACUGGCAAGGUGUCAGCAUCUUGAUAUCGGAGGCCCUCAAGGCAAAUCUUUAUUUGAACAGGGAACAGGGGAAGGCCUAGAAGAGGUCACUGGAUCAGUCUAAACCUUCCCGCCAAGCUUUGGGAUGUGUGAAUUAUUAGAAACCAGACUAGUUUAAAAUUACUAUUACAUCUGUAUGAUAUAAAAUCAUGACUUUGGAAAAAGCUGGCUGACUGCUGAGCUAAUUCCAUAAAGUGAUCAGCUUCUCUGGGCUCUCAGGAUAACAAUAACCAGCAUAAUUGAGUAAACUUAUGUGCCAGGCACUAUUUCAUUUGAUCCUUAGGAUAAUCUUACAAGUACUUAAUUUUUUCUCUUAUAAAUGAAGAGACUGAUGAGGCUCAAGAGGUAAAGGAAUUUCCCCUGGACCCUCUGCCUGGGAAACAGCCUGCUCUUCUCCCAUUUUGCUGCUCUCAGUACUCCCUGCAGAUGAAUAACAGAUAGCAAAGGCUUCAGAAAAACUUAAGGCUUUAAAAGUGAAAACAUCUCAUCCAUGACCUGGGGUUUUUAAAACUUUCACACCCAACAGGACCCCGUGGAAGACUUACUAAAACUAGGUUGUGGGGCCUAACCUCCCAGAGUUUCUAAUUUAGUAGGCCUGAUGUGGAGCCCAAGAAUUUACAUUUUUAACAAAUUCCCAGAUGGCUGCUGUUGCUCUGAAGACAGCUUUGAGAACCACUGCCUUAAAAUCUUUCCUGUUGGGAAAUGAGUAUUUUCAUUCCCAUGCUACCCAGAAAGAUCAUUUGAGACCUGUUAAGACUCACUCAAGCACAUAAAUCCUUUAUCAGUAUUCAGAUGUUUGUUCAAAGCUGAGUGCACCCAAGCACCAACCCAUUUUCUGAGGUCUGAAGCCAUCGAGGCAAGUCUCUCUACUGGGGGAGGCUUAGUAGAGGCCUGACCAGCCUCAGCGCACAGUCAUCAGCGGCCCACACCCAGUGCCUUUGCUGGGGACGGUGCCCCUGAUACUGUCCUCAGGGCUGAGACUGUUGGAAUCAUGCUCAAGGUCAGGGGGAAUCUUUUGCACAAAUCCUAUCUGAUCCAUUUCCUUUCAGUUUGUCCCCAGGACCUUGGUGCAGCAGCCUCUGCUGACCUCUUUUUCAAGUCCCUCCCAUAGGACCUCAGGACCACGUUCUUUCUCACUCUCUUCAUCUUCUCCUCCCUUUCCUUGUUUCUUCUUUGCAAACGUUUCCCAACAGCCUGUCACAGGCCCCUUCUUACCCCCAUAAACAUGCUGCCCGCUUUCCUGGCAGUCCAGACGCUUUGACUCCCUCCCCUCGCCCAUCACCAUUGUCCCUGAGCGCCCUCUCCUGGCCAGUGCUGUCUUCAUUCAUACCCUUGCCCGCUGAGGGGGGAGACGGUCCGCACCCCUCGGCUAUCAGCCUCUGCUCCUGCUACUUCUCCAAGUCUGCGAUACACCGCUCCAAACCGUCUACGCUCCAUCAUUCCCACCCCAGGAAACAUCACUGUGUCUGGCCUGUGCUGUUCCCAAGAAUGGUAUUUCUUCAGUCACACCUAUGACCAAAUUUUGUCAUUUGCUGCACCUGCGCUACCUCUGGUUUCUCCUCAUACAUCGUAGCCCACAAUAACUUCAAACAAGCAAGUUUUGUAGGUUGCAGGCUCCUCCUCCCAGAGUGAGUUAAAAGAGGAGGAAGAAACUCAGCCGUGGUUCCAGGAAGAUCCUCCCUCACUAUUGCAAAAGUUAGGUUUUGUGAAUCCGCCUUUCAAAGAGCGAUUUCAAAAACCAUAAGUAAGUGGUUUUUUUUUUUUUUUUUUUUUGUAGAGACAGAGUCUCACUUUACUGCCCUCGGUAGAGUGCCGUGGCGUCACACAGCUCACAGCAACCUCCAGCUCUUGGGCUUACGUCAUUUUCUUGCCUCCGCCUCCCGAGUAGCUGGGACUACAGACGCCCGCCACAACGUCCAGCUAUUUUUUUGUUGCAGUUUGGCCAGGGCUGGGUUUGAACCCUCCACCCUCGGCAUAUGGGGCCGGCGCCCUACUCACUGAGCCACAGGUGCUGCCCAAGUAAGUGGUUUUGUUGUAAGGAUUACAAACAUACACCUACAUGAUAAAUCGGAGAUGAGGGAGGUGGGUUUUACAUGAUGACUUGUUAACGCAGGGUCACACUUUUCUACGAGGGUGUCAGCUGUGUGUUUGAAAAGUGCUGCGUCACAGACAAAUAGUGCACAAGUGAAGGAGAUGCACUUUAGGAAACCAGCUCCAGGUGUAGAUACGGUGAUGUCCAAGAUGCAUGUAGGGGAGUGAAUAAAGUUGUUACUUGAAAUGUGAGAAUGAGAAAAAAAACACUAUUUUGUAUUAAUGUAUUAUAUAUAAUGUUAUUUUAAAUAUGCAUAUGUGGCUAAAUAAAUUAGAUAUUAUGACUAGA